CUUUUCAAACGCAAUCCCACGCCGCCGCCUUAAUCUCCAACACCCACUAUUUUCACCCCAUUCUGGCACUCCAAUUCAUCAUCUCCGUCGACGGUAACCCCUUCUUCUUUGAAGGACGGCAAGUGCUUUGUUUUCUUACUAAGCUCUAUCUACCCAAAAAAGUUAGAAAAAAUCUUACUCCUAGAUUAAGAGAACAUAACAGAACGAUGCAAAAAGAAGGAGCAAAAAGAAGCAGGGAAAAUGUCAUCUUCUUCAGAGGAAAGCUUGAAGCAGCGAUUGGAGGAGUUGCAGAGGCAGCUCAGGAAGAAACAGCGGUUUGAGGAAGCAGUUUUCUCCAUCAAUUCCCUCCUUCAAAACCAUUUCUCCUCCGCUUCUCCCUCUCUCCGCAAAUCGAUGGAUGACCUUAUCCUUAGUCCUGUCGUAGAAGCCACUGUGUCCAAGGUAAUUUCUGUUGCUUCUGGUCAGCUCAAUUUAGCACUGGGAUGGAAGGAGGACCUGCAAAAGUUUUGUAGUAUGAUGGAGACGCUCCGAAGUGUGUUGCAAGAUGCAAACGAAAAGAAUGUCAGUGGCCACUCUGAUCUGAAACGCUGGCUCCAGCAGCUUCGAACAGUUGCAGAUGAGGCUGAUGAUAUACUGGAGGAGGUCGCUUAUGAAAAUAUGCGGCGUCAGAUGGUAGUUCAGAAAUCAAAGUGGAGAAAGUUGGGGCUGCAAUUCAAACUUGCAAUCACUGGUGCUGAAUCCGUGGAGAGACCAGCCCCAGAGACUCACUCUUUUCUUCCAUCAAGAGUUUUUGGAAGAGAGGAAGAUGUCUCUAAAAUAGUUAGCUUGUUGGUUGAUUCAAGUAAUCAGCAAGAUCUCCCUGUUAUAACUAUUGUGGGAAUGCCAGGCCUUGGCAAAACUACUUUGGCGAGGGCAGUGCUUGAAAAUGAUAAAAUAGGUGAACUUUUUGGCGAAAAUAAAAUGUGGGUUUGUGUGUCUGAAAACUUUAACGCCAAAAGGAUUUUAGUGGAGAUGUUGAAGUCUAUUAGCGGAAGUAGUAGUGGUGAUGGGGAUAUUGGAAGCAAUGAUAAUGUGAUGAAGGAUAUUCAAACUAAGUUGGAGGAGAAAAAUUAUCUUCUCAUACUAGAUGAUGUCUGGAACGAGGAGAGACUGAAGUGGGAGGAGUUAAGGAGUUGUUUGUUGGGAAUAAGUAAAAAUAAGCAGAGUAGGGUGCUUGUGACAACCCGACUUGACAAUGUUGCAUCACUAAUGGCAGUUACUGAUGAACACAUCCAUCGUCCUAGGCAAUUAACUAAAGAUGAGUGCUGGGCUAUAAUCAAGCAGAGAGGAUUUGGAAACAAUUCAGUUCCUGAAGAGUUAGAGGAAAUUGGAAAACAGAUUGCUGGUAAAUGUAAUGGUGUCCCACUAGUUGCAAUUAUUGUUGGAGCUACUUUGCAGAACAGAAGGAACAAGGAGGAGUGGGAGGCAAUCACAAAGAAUCAUAUGUGGAAUUCAUUCGAAAAGGAGAAUGGGGUCUUGGAAAUAAUAAAAUUCAGCUAUGAUCACUUGCCUAUAUUGGCUUUGAAGCAAUGUUUUGUAUUUUGUUCCAUUUUUCCUAAGGAUUUUGUCAUGGAAAGGGAGAUGCUAAUUCAACUUUGGAUGGCUCAAGGAUUUCUUGAAUCAUCUGAAGAAAGUUAUAUGGCAGCAGAAGAUAUUGGUGAAAAGUAUUUCAGAUAUUUGUUAUCAUAUUCCCUAUUUCAAGAGGAAUGGAGGGAUAAUGUAACUAGGAGUGUUGAAUCUUGUAAGAUGCAUGAUUUGAUUCAUGAUUUUGCCCAGUCAAUUUCAAAACCUGAGACGCUGAUUGUUGAGGAGUGGCCUGGAAGCAAUAUUUCUCAUGAUGUUAGGCAUUUGAAUGUAAUUGGUGGGAGGGAAAUGGUGCUACUGCCAGCAAUUUUAGGAGAUGUUACUAAAAAGUUGCGGACAUUGUUUUUUGAGCAUGGUUUUUCCAGUGGUGUGCAAGUGGAUCUUAAAAGGUUACGGGUUCUUAGCCUUAAUGAUGCUUCUGAUGCAAAACAAUUGCCAAAAUGCUUUGGCAACUCAAAGAGCUUGAGGUACUUGGACAUAUCAGGAACUGAAAUAGAAGAACUACCCAAGUUCAUCACCAAGCUGUACAAUUUGCAGACAUUUAGAUUCAUGGAUUGCAGAUCUCUUAAAAUGCCCAAAGGAGGAAUAGGAGAUUUAAUCAACUUGAGGCAUAUUUAUUUCGAUGAUGAAGAGCGUAUGCCUGCAAACCUUGGGAGACUAACCAACCUACAAACAUUGCUAUUGUUUUUUGUAGGUACAACAAAGGGACGUAAAAUUGAAGAAUUGGGAAGCUUAAGAGGACUCAAAGGAAGACUAGAGAUCUGUAAGCUUGAUCUUGUUCAAGGAAAAUCAGAAGCCGAGAAAGCUAAAUUACAUGAGAAGGCAGUUGAUGUGUUGGAAUUAUGUUGGAGCAAAGAAGGCAGUCGUGAUACAUUAGAUGAAGAUGUCUUGGAAGGCCUCAAGCCUCACUCAAAUGUUAUAAUAUUAAGUAUUGCAGGCUAUGGAGGUAGAAACUUGGCAUCAUGGAUGUCAAAAUGCAGUGAAGAAUUGAUGUUACUCAACAAUUUGGUGGAUCUGAAGAUUAGUGAUUGCAGCAUGCUAUACAGAAUUUCAGGUAUCAGUUGGUUUUCAUCUCUUCAGCGGCUUUCUGUUGAGAGGUGUUAUAAAUUAACUAGCUUAGGUGAUGGUGAUGAAGCAGUGCUUACAUCGAUGUCCCUCAAAAAAUUAUCCAUAUAUUGGUGUAAUGAGUUAGAAAGAUUUUUAGUUAAUGGAUUAUCAUCUCUGGAGGAACUCAACAUUGCGCAUUGCAAUGUGAUAAAUGGCAUAGGAGGUAGCCUAUCAAGCUCCACAUGUCUCAAACAAUUAUCUCUGCAGGAGUGUCCUGAAUUGAAGUUUAUUUCAAGUUUAGAUGGACUUGUCUCUCUAAAAACAAUAGUUAUUAGAGAUUGUGAUGGAUUAGAGUGUCUACCGACUGGGCUCUCAUCCUGCACUGCUAUGGAGGAAUUGCUGAUAUGGGGUUGCUCCAAUUUGGUCUCAAUUCCAGAAGAAUUGAAACAGUUACGGUCUCUUGUUGAGUUGGUUAUUCAGAAUUGUCCAAAAUUAAUGAGCUUCCCAGAGGAGAUCUUGGACUUUGUCAGCUUGAAGAGAUUAGAGCUUGGCCCUUUCUCAGAAGAGCUGGAGGAAUUCCCAAAUUUGUGUUCAACUUCCACUUCCACUCCCACUCCAACCUCCCUUGAAGUCUUGCAUUUGGAAGGAUGGGGGGAAUCCCUAACUCUGCCAUGUCAAAUUCAAUGCCUCACUGCUCUCAGGGACUUAACUAUCAAAAGCUUCAAUGGAGUGGAAGAAGCUUUAUUGGGAAAACUUUCUUGUCUUAAAACACUUGCAAUUAGGGAUUGUACUCGGUUAAGGAGUCUAUUAGGGGGGCUGUCAUCUGUUGAGGAAUUGGUGAUAACACAGUGCCCUAGUCUGGUCUCUUUUCAAGUAGAGUUAAAGGAAUUGCGUUCUCUAGAAAUUGUAGGUUGUCCAAAAUUGGUGGGCUUCCUAGAGAAGAGUCUCGACUGUUGUACUAGGUUGAAGAGAUUAGAGAUCGGCCCUUUCUCAGAAGAGUUGGAAGAAUACCCAAGUCUGAGUUCCAUCCACGCCUCCCUUGAAGAGUUGAUUCUGUACGGAUGGGAAAAACUAACUCACCUCCCACAAAUUCAACACCUUGCUGCUCUAAAGGAGUUGAGGAUAUACAACUUCAGUGGAAUGGAAUCUUUGCCAGACUGGUUUAACAACUUGUCCUCCCUUCGACGACUUUAUAUUUGGAGCUGCCCAAAAAAGUUAAAGGAAAGAUGCACCAAGGGAAGCGGUCUUGACUGGCACAAGAUUUCUCACAUUCCAUACAUCAAAAUAGGCAGGGAGAUCAUCCAAUCCCAACGCUGACUCAAAGAGUGCUUUUUUUUGCUUUUGGGGGAGUUCAGUUUCAGCAGGGAAGUUCCUCAAUUAAUCUGCUGUUUCCUUGAAAACCAACCAAUUAAGGAGAAUUCCAGUUGCAGUGUAGCUUAUGGACUUUCAUCUUGCAUCUUAACUUUUGGGCCAAAUUGGAAAACUGUAACAGUGUUAACUCAUCUUAUUACAUUGAGGAGUGUACAAGGACUAGCGAACUUUGCAUCCUCUGAAAUUGAUUUGGCUUCUUUGCCCUUUCCAACUAAUUUUGCUGGAGACUUGAAACAUGGCAAUGGAUUGCUAUAUUUCAAGCUCUUUGAAAUUUCAUCUAAUAUUCCAAAGAUUGCAGUAGGAGAGGAAGGAAAGUAGCAGUAUUUUCCAAGCCAAAGACUAUUAUACCGCAGCAGUGUGGGUUUGAUUUCAGUAUGUAGUCUCUUGUUUCAAAUUAUCACAAUCCAUGGUUCUUCAGAAGAGGGAUCCCGAUGUAGGUAUGCCACCAUAAAAAAUAAAGCCUUGCAGGCACCAAAACUAUUUUGCACUUCGUAUUCAAGCUUCUAAAGAACCUGACGUUGUUUGAGAUUCUAUCCUGGGGACUUUGUAUUCAAGCUUCUGUUUCAUUUAUGACAUUCCUUUUCUGGGCUUCUGCUUAUAGUUAUGAGAUCGUGUCUGUACAAUCAUUUGUUUUAAUUUUUGUGGGACAAUACAAAACACUAAAGACAGUUAGGACUAUUCCCCUACUUUCUAGUAAAUUUGGCUGUUGUUAUACCCGUGCUUGUCUGUCUGUGUGUAUGGUAUAUCGGUAUACUUUUAGGUUAUUGGGCUUCAAACACAUAAGAGACACUCAUCCAAUAAGCAAGUAAACGCAGAGCAAUGGCUGGAAAGUAGCUUCAACAAGUGAAAGAUGACCACUCUGGGGGUUCUUGGGGAUGGUCAAUUUUACUUGCUGCGGCUAUACUCAAACCAGGUUUGCUCAAAUUAGCUCAUGAGUACAUCAAGGCAUCUUUGAUUUGUGACGUAUUUUUUGAUGGCUCAGCUUUAUUGGGAAGCUAGAAAGCCUCAAACAUAGCUUUGAUCCCAAAUCUUAACAGGUUAUCAUCAAAUGAGCAAACAAUAGCUCGAGGAAAGGACAAAAGCAGCUGUAAUCCAUUGAACGAUAAUUCUGGUAUGCUUGCUUUAUCUUUUGUAAGUCUUAAUUAGGCACCAUGCCUACAAUUUUGGGAAGACUCUUAUGAUAUACCUAAGUUUGUUGCUUGCUGGAAUCUGAAUUAGUGAAUUAUACAAGUUCUUUUUGUAGGUGUUCAAUUUUGGCUCUCAGCAGGAGGGAUGUCCCAAUAUCUUGCUACUUGAAUGGAAAUUCACCGAUUUAAACAAGAGUUGGGUAGUUUAUGGAUUUCCUUUUUGCAGCUAAGGCUGGCCCAAAAUGCAAACCUUGAGAUAUCUAUUCACACCAAGUAGUGUUCCUUCAUGUAGGAAAACAAUGACAGAUUUGAUUUCUGCUGUCUGGUUGCUCAUAAGUUUCCCAUGAUCACAAUUGAUGUUCCUUCAAAAGCAUCGAUAUGGAGUUUUCACAGCUCGUUUGACAAAUAAACGGGUCGAUGGCAACAACUAGAGUACUUCUGCUAAGAAGAGACUACAGACAGAAGCAUCUUUGUUCUUCGACAUCAGUAAUGCCACAGAUUCACUGGCCACAACAAAUGGGCAUUACAGAGACAUUAUUUUGGUAGAAAGCACUAAAGCAGUCAGAUGGGCAUUGUAGAUGGAUUAGAUAUACUAACAAAACUGAGGCCUGUAUUAUAUAUGGAUCUUGAUCUCGUCUUCACAUUUUGUCAUACGACUUGUGCUAUAAACAACGAAAGAAACAUUCUCUUUAUUU